AAUACGAAUUUGGUCACACGCGCGCGGUUAUUUACUACCGACACCGGCUACUUAGAAUAUUAUCAGCUAGCAGCUGCGUGACUCAGUGAGCGGCGCUGGACAAUGGCGGCCGCCAGCGAAGGUGUCUGGUCGCCGUUUGUCGAGCUGCUGAGGCUCGUCAAUGCCGUGCUCGUCCACAAAGAUGUCGGCCAGCUACCUGAGCUCGAAACGGCGCUACGCCGGCACAAGACCAACUUCAUCAACCUACUCAAGAAUCCGGCGCCGAGUGCCAAGGACCGCGCCGAGCUGCAGCAGGCCACCAAGGAGGGUAUCAGCGUGGGCGGCGAGCCGCCGCAGCUGCUGCCCCAGCUGGCCGUCGACGAGGCCAUCAUCAUCUCGGACCUGUUCCAGCUCAAUGAGCGCGCCGCGCUGCACCUCCUGCAGACCGGCGAGGCCCAGCGGCCGCACUACCCGGGCCUGACGCGCGGACUGGUGGCCAUCCUGCUGUACUACGACGGCCGGCGGGCGCUGGUCACCGCGCUCAAAACUCUGGUCCAGGCGAGGAAGGGCAUCAGCUGGACCACGGACCUGCCCGAAAACAUAUCCAUCAUGAUCACCAAGUACACAGACGAAAUUCUCGAGGAGAAUAUGCUCAACAAGCUGCUUGAGCUGCUUCCCACCCUGGACUGGGAGCGUGACCUGCAGCGACUGAACGCAGCGCGCGCUCUCGGCAGCGCGCGCUACCUGCGUCAGCUGAGCGAGCUGCACGAGCAGACGCGCCAGGCGCUGGCCGACACGGCGCUCUGCUGGGCGGCCCAGGUGCCCCUCUCGCUGCCACUCACCAAACGGCUGAUGGAGCACGUCAGGAAGAUGAAGGUGACGGGCUCGGCCGGGGAGCUGGGUAACGUGGAGCUGACGCUGCUGAUGGCCCUGCUGUACAGCGUCAGCGCCGCCCGGGUGCUGCGCAGGCCCGACGCCGACGAGCUGCUCGGCACUCUACCGCUGCUGGCCGAUCCGGAGUUCGCCAGCUGGCUGCACCGCGAGCUGGCCGAGGGAGACGCCGCCGGCUGGCAGACGCCCGAGCUGAGAGCCGUGCUGCAGUUCGCCUGGGCCAUGACGCUCAGCUCUCUGCGGCCCCUGCAGAUUGACGCUCUUGCUGACUUCACCGAGCAGGACGAAAAGACGACAGAGCUGUCCAUAAGGAAUAAGGUGUUUUUGCAUAUUCGGGAGAAAAUCAUCGCCAAUAAGAUGUUCCAUUCGGAGGAGUUUUUCGUGCGUCACGUUCACGAUCUGAUGUCGGAGAUGCUGGUGGCCAUGCCGCUCAAGGUCAAGGAGCUGCGGAACCGAGCUGACGAGGCGGCCCGCACCAUCCAGAUGAACCAAAAGGAGGGUCUGCAGCCGCCGGCGGACCUGCCGCAGGACUUUGAGCACCUGCUGCGGCUGCUGACGGCGCUGUAUGAGAAGGACCCGCUGGCGCUGGGCCUGUCUCAGGAUUACUGGGCCUCAGAGGGCGCUACGCAGAGACAGGUGUACCUGCAUAAGUUUGUGCGCGUGGCCGGUGACCUGUUGCCUCCGCCGCUGUACGUGCCGUACGCAGACCUCCUGGCGGCCCUGGCGUCCAGCCCCGCCACCGCGCCGCAUUGCUACAGCCUGCUGAGUGCCACCGGCUCCGGCUCACCGCUCAGCAUCACUCAGAUAUUCAGCUCGCUGCACCAGUACUACAGCCGGCUGAUGCACGAGACUCCGUCCGUGUCGCGGGCGGACGCCUACUCGGGCAUGCCGGUGACCGCCUCCAAGGGAAUCACCGCCCAGGAGCUGAAGAGCAUGCUGGCAGGGCUGCGGCUCAUCCGAGUCAUUGCAGAGAACGACGCCUCGUCCCGGCUGGUGAUGUGCGAGACGCCCAGCUGGCCGCCGCUGGUCGUCAUGCUGCGGCUGCAGACGUGCGCCGCGCCCGGCACUCUCAAGGCGCAGCUGCUGCGCACCCUGGCGGCGCUGGCGCGCGCACCGGAGGUGGCCCAAGCACUGUGGCAGGGCCUGGAACAGGCGCAGAUUCUGCAGACCACACAGGUCAUGCCCGGUCAGCAGGCGCGUGGUAUCAAGAUGGAACUAGAGGAGGUGGAGGCGCGCGCCGAGCAGUUCCCGCAGACCCGCGCCUUCCUCGGCCUCCUCUCCGUGCUGGUGGAGGCCGGCGUACCGGCCAGCCUCGGCGCCGGACUGCGCGCGCCCGGCAUCCACCCGUACGUGGCCUUCGUCAUACACGACGUGCUGCUCAACUUCGACAGUCGCGCCUACAAGGACCCGACUGAAAAGUACGUGGUGGCUGGCGACUGUCUGGAGAUCCUCCUGAAGCUGGUGGACGCGUACGACCCGACGGCCAGUGAGCUGGGACUCACCAUCACUGGAGAGCUGACCUCGGGUCAGACGGCGCCCGGCGCCAGCAUCGUACUGCAACUGAUGCAGCGCUCCAAACUGCUCAAACAGGUACUGUUUGUUCUGGACGAGGCGUGCCGUCGUCUGGGCGAGUACCGCGACUCGCCGGGCCGCUCGGGCCUGGAGCGCAGCUCGCUGCUGGCGCUGCGCCUGCUGGAGGCGGUGCUGCGCCAGCAGCCGGCCGUGCUGACGGCGCUGCGCCAGCCGCAGCUGCCGCAGCAGCCCGAGGCGCCGCUGCUGCCCGGCCUCGAGCUGCAGCUGCUGGCGGCCAACCCGCGCACCGGCGCCAGCGACCUCAUGGUCAUGUUCGCCAGGUACCUGGGUUUCUCUGCGUGGCUGCCCGAGCAGGCGGCCAGCGCGGCCGGCGUGCUAUCCCAGGUCUGCCGCCGAGCCACCGCUCAGGAGCAGCUGGUAGCUCUGUUCUCCGGCGACCCCGACACCCAAGCCGAGGUCACCUACGCGUUCGUCGAGUGUCUUGAUGCCGACGCGCCGGAGGAGGCCGAGUGCGCCGCUCACGUGGCGCGCUGUCACGUGCUGGACCUGCUGACGGCCUGUCUGCGGCUGCCGGCCGGCCCGACCGUGGCCCACCUCCUGCUGGGCCUGGCCGGCGGCGUGGGUCUCCAGGCGCCCGGCGUGCUGGGCACGGCCCGUACCUGUCUGCACGCGGUGCUGGCGCAGCUGACCGCCGGGCUGACCGCCACCGUGCCGCCCAGCAUCGGGGAGCGGUGUCCGGCAGUGGCCGAUAAGGCCUAUGAGGUGAUCUACCUGCUGUGCGCGGCGCCGAGCACCUCGGAGCAGACGCUGCGCUACCUGCGCUCCACCUACGACUUCAUCUACGGCCAGCUGCGUCCGCUGCCGACGGCGGCCAGCGCGGAGCUACCGCGGCUCCGACACCUCACCUGGCUACUCCGGCUGCUGGCGCUCGAACUCAAGGUUCUGGCGGCCGGUCAGCAGCGCUCUCCCCUGGCCCGUCUCACGGGCCUCCUGCUCAGCUCCACGCCCGCCGCGGGGCCGCAGAUGGACCUGACUGGACUGGAUAUAUCACUGACACUGAGCCAGACCCUGACCGGGGCCGCCGCCAGGCAGGCCUCGUCGACGCAGCGCCGUAAGAUGCUGGCGCUACUGGACCAGGUCAGCUUCAGCCACGAGCCGGUCCAGCCGCCCGAUUGGGAGUACUUCAACCCGGCCCAGGUGGAACAGGUGAUCAAGUCGUGUGAGGAGCCGGGCCCGGCUCGCCAGGUGGACAUUAAGCGUCUGAACGCGGUACUGAACGCCGAGCUGGCCGCCCUACAGGGCACGGCCGCGCUCAGUCAGAGACACUACAUCGUACAGGAGAUCAAGUCCGUGCUGGAGUACUGCGUGCGCCGGAACGAGCAGUCUCGGUGGCUGCAGGCCUCCGCCGACUGCGUCGAGUCGUGGCGCCAGGUGCUAGAGGUGCUGCUGACGGCCGUGCCGGCCAACCUGCUGUCCGAUCAGCCCGACCAGGUCAUCAUGGACGUCUCCAGACACAUCCUCAACAAGACUCUGGACACGGAGUCGGUGCCGCAGCUGACGAGUCCCCUGGCGGGCACCCUGCUCCUGCUCAUGACCUCGCUGAGGUCGGUGAGCUCCUCCACCGGCGGCAGCGGCGGACAGUCGCACCAGCCGGCCGGCAGACUGGUCACCCUCAGAGGCAUCGUCGACAGUCUGCUGCGGCCAGACCCCGGCCGCCGGGCGCGCCAGCGGACGCGUGUGAACCUGUACGGCGCGCUGCUGCACCUACUGUCGGCGGCCGGAGCGGCCGGGCCCGGUCUCACCGAGGCGUGUCGGGAGUACGGCCGGGCUCUGGUGGAGACCGUGUGUAGGGACGCCUGCGGAGGACACGACGUCUGCAGGAUGCUGGCCAUGUGCAGUCUGGACGCGCUGCUGCGGAUGGACUCGCUGUGGCUGGAGCACCUCUCGGGCCACGGCUACCUGGACGCACUGGCCGAGUCACUGCAGGCCGACGACGCGCCCCUGCGCGGCCUGCUCGUGCCGCAGCCGCAGGACCUCCGGCCGCUCUACCUCUACGAGUCGAAAAUGAGCCUGCUGUGCCGAGUGGCUCUGGUGCCAGACGGUGCCCGUACCCUACUCCAGACCCGUCUGAUGGUGCGUCUCUCGGACCUGACGGCGCUCGACUGCUGGCCCCACCGCUCAGCUCCCGCGGGCGUGGUGGAGCGGUACCGGCUGGUGGCGCGGCCCGCUCUCCGGCUCUGUCUCUGCGUACUGGCCGCCCUCGGCAGGGAGAACCAGUCGGCCGUCGCGCAGGUGAACCACUUCCUGCUGUCGCACCUGGACAUGGUGACGUCAGUGUUACGUCACCAGCCGGCUGAGCUGAGCGCCGACAGUCUGGAGGAGUUGGUGCUGCUGACCGGCGUGCUCUCCCAGACCAGCCACGAGGACCUGUCGGCGGACGUAUCCGACUCGCAGCUGCCGGAGCGCCGCGGGCAGCUGUCUCGGCUGCAGCAGCUGACACUCGCCCAGCUGCCGCGCUUCGUGCUGAGCCGCGAGCGGCGCCGGCAGCUGCAGCAGCUGCCCGAGCGGCAGCUGGCGGCCAGCCCGCGGCACCAGGCCACCGUCGCCAUGCUGCAGGUGCUCUCCCACCUGCUGCUGUACAGCCAGGGUCUGGCGGCGCCGGCCGGCGCGGCCCGCCGCUCGGUCCGCCCUCUGUUCUCGGCCUCGCUGCAGACGGACAAGCCGCCCGAGUCGGCGGACGCGGCACCGUCGCUCGGCUGCCUGCUGCACCUGCUGCGCUGCCACUCGGAGCUGCUGACCGACGGCUGCCACCAGCUGGAGCUGCUGCAGCGCCAGCUGGACGCGGCCGGGCAGCUGGACGGACAGCUGCUGGCCGAACUGGCCGGCGACGACCAGCUGCCGCUGGGCGAGCGCCGCCAGCGCGCCCACCAGCGGCUCGACGAGCUGCGCACGCUCGUACAGAGACAGGUGGAGCUGAGCCGGCACGUUCUGGAGCUGGCCCUCCACCUGCUGUGGACCCACCUGGACCUGUACCUGGUGCGCUCGGCGCCCGCCAACCAAACCUCGCCCGCUGGAUGGCCGUAUGAUGACUCGAUGGUGGGCGGCGACGGGGACACUGCCGGCGCGCUACUCUCGCCCCAGCUGCUCACCCAGCUGAAGAGGGACCUGCCGCUCAGCGUCACCGACGCCCUGCUCAGUCAGGUCCAGGACGCGCUCAAGCACCCACUGGUGGGUCGCGGCCACUACAGUUUCUCGGAGGCGAUGGUACGGCGCAUUCAGCGAGUGACGCGGCUCCACUGUACCACUGGAUGAGGGGACUGGCUCACUCCCGACCGCCGCCGCCACAGUCAGAACUGACAGUGGAGCGGGCGUCGGUGACACCGCGGUGUCUUGUCAGUGUCAGUGACUCGCACUGUGUCAUUGAUUGUCAGACGGAGACGUGUCUGAUGACGUCAGGUGUAUCUGGUGACGUUAGACGCUUGAGGACGUCGGUCAUUUUAACACAGUGGGAGCGUCGGCGGGUCAGCGUGAUAGGAUGUGGCGAGAUGAGACGUUGUUGGCGCAUUUUGGUGGCUUCUGCAGAUGCCGUUUUCCACGAAAUAAAGAUUUGCGAUGA